UUGACCGCCUAUCAACCAAUAGAAACGAAUAUCAAUAAUAAUAAAUUAAAUACAAUCAUCAUCGUCAUCCUCUGGCAGAACUUAAAUGCGUAAACGGAUAAAAAAGAGAGAGAGAGAAAAAAACAUUGAUUCAAGAAGCUAAAGAACACAAACGAAGAUGGCAGGGGAGAAAGGUUUUAUUGGAUCAAUAGAUCAGGGAACAACAAGCACCAGAUUCAUCAUCUACGACCAUGAUGCUCGUGCCGUUGCCUCUCAUCAAGUUGAGUUUACUCAGUUCUAUCCCGAAGCUGGAUGGGUGGAACAUGAUCCAAUGGAGAUAUUGGAAAGUGUGAAAGUGUGCAUCGCCAAGGCUCUUGACAAAGCCACAGCUGAUGGUCACAACGUCGACGGUGGCUUGAAGGCCAUUGGACUUACGGAUCAGAGAGAGACCACCAUUGUCUGGAGCAAAUCCACUGGCCUUCCUCUCCACAAAGCUAUUGUCUGGAUGGAUGCUCGCACGAGUUCCAUCUGCAGGAGACUAGAGAAGGAACUCUCUGGUGGAAGAUCCCAUUUUGUGGAGACUUGCGGCUUGCCUAUAAGCACUUACUUCUCUGCCAUGAAGCUUCUCUGGCUGAUGGAGAAUGUGGAUGCGGUCAAGGACGCUAUCAAGAAAGGAGAUGCCAUCUUUGGCACAAUCGACACGUGGCUUAUCUGGAACAUGACCGGUGGUAUCAACGGCGGGCUCCACGUCACCGACGUCACCAACGCUUCUCGCACCAUGCUCAUGAACCUCAAGACCUUGAGCUGGGACGAGGAAACCAUCAAGACCCUUGGCAUCCCCGCUGAGAUCUUGCCGAAGAUCGUGAGUAACUCGGAGGUCAUUGGAGAAAUCUGCAAAGGCUGGCCCAUUCCUGGAAUCAAGAUCGCCGGAUGUCUCGGCGACCAGCACGCGGCGAUGCUGGGACAAGCUUGCAAGAAAGGUGAGGCCAAGAGCACUUACGGCACUGGCGCUUUCAUUCUUCUCAACACAGGAGAAGUCCCCAUCAAGUCAGGACAUGGGCUUUUGACCACUCUGUCUUACAAGCUUGGGCCUCAAGCAAAGACAAACUAUGCCCUCGAGGGUUCCAUUGCUAUAGCGGGAGCUGCUGUUCAGUGGCUAAGAGACAGCCUCGGGAUUAUCAAGAGCGCUAGCGAGAUUGAAGAGUUAGCGGCUAUGGUGGAAUCGACGGGGGGAGUGUACUUUGUUCCGGCGUUCAACGGUUUGUUUGCGCCUUGGUGGAGAGAAGACGCUCGCGGUGUAUGCAUAGGGAUCACGAGGUUCACUAACAAGUCUCACAUAGCGAGGGCUGUGCUGGAGAGCAUGUGUUUCCAAGUGAAGGAUGUGUUGGACUCUAUGAACAAAGACGCUGGUGAGAAGGGAUCUCUAGAUAACGGCCAAGGGGAGUUUUUACUGAGGGUUGAUGGUGGUGCCACGGCCAACAACCUUCUCAUGCAGAUUCAGGCUGAUUUGAUGGGAACUCCGGUGGUGAGGCCUGUGGACAUAGAGACAACUGCACUAGGGGCAGCCUAUGCAGCUGGUCUGGCUGUUGGAUUCUGGAAAGAAGAAGACAUAUUUGAGUCUGGAGAGAAGUCAAAGAACUCCAAAGUUUUCAGACCAACCAUGGAAGAAGAAACCAGGAAGAAGAAAGUGGAGUCAUGGUGCAAAGCGGUCGAGAGAACAUUCGAUCUUGCUGAUCUCUCUAUCUAAACUUGAAUUGGAUUCUUUCCACCAUAUUGUCCUUUCUUACAGAUUAAAUUCUUAUGUGCCACAGGUGGGCUGUGUCGUUAAUUCACAUUAUGUUUCAAGAUAAUAUUUGUAUGUUGGUUAAUCCACUGUCCUUAAUGAAUGGUUAAUAUAAUAGUACUAUAUGCUGAGUUCUGUUGAAAGUAACAUUGCAUCAGAAUAAGAUUUACUUAUUAUUGUGUUC